GACUACUCUGUGCACUCCUCCUGGCGACAAAGGCAUGCUGUCAUGACUCCCUUGUUCGCUAGCACUUUGGUACCUCAAUCAAUGGACACAGGUGAAGGAGAAGACAGCCUGGAUGGGGCACUGAGGGCCACACAAGAGGCAGCACAGUUCACAGCAACUGUGGAUAUGGCAGGAAGUGGCAAAGCUUUUAACUGGCUCACUCAGAGCAGCCUGGACACUUUUGCAGAGACGGGCACUAUAGGAGGGGAUUCCCAGCUUCUGUUUAAUCGAGACAGGGGUCAGAGUUCACUUCUGUCAAGGAACAGAGGUCAGCUGACAGCUGGAGGUGGUCAAUUGCUUCAAGCUAAAAAGACCUUGGCCUUAAAAUAUGGAAAUGCAGGAGAUAGUAAACCAUCAACAUCCAGUGAUACAACUGAAA